AUGAAGUUUGAAGACAUCGUGAAGCUCCUUGGUGACUUUGGCCCCUACCAGAAGAGGCUUUACUUCCUGCUAUGCAUUCCUAUGAUAUCAGUCGGGAUCCAGACCAUGAUGACAGUCUUCACACUGGGUGUGCCAGAACACAGCAUCGGAAGGAAGAAGAUGUUUAUGGGAUCGGUCAUCCUACACAUUGUGUCCGCCAUCUCCAUAGCCUUUGUCCCCAACUUCGCCAUCCUCGGUCUUCUGUACUGCAUCAACGGGAUGUCCGGCAUCGCCAUCUGGGGCAACGCCUUUGUCGUAGGCGUGGAGCUGGUUGGGCCUUCAAAGCGAGUAUACACGGGCAUCGUAUGUGAACUGUUUUGGACAUGUGGUUCAUUUAUAACAGCAACGCUCGCAUUCUUUGUGCGAGAUUGGCAGCGCCUGCAGCUGAUCGUUUCUGUACCAACGGUCUUGUUUGUGGUAUAUCACUGGUUCAUGCCAGAGUCUCCACGCUGGCUGAUCAGUAAGAAGAAGUAUGAAGAAGCAGACCGGAUAUUACGUCACGCUGCCAAGGUCAACAAGACGAACUUGCCCUCAGACAUAUUCAGCGGAGACAUGUUAGAUUUCACAACGGAGAAACCGCUGCGCUUGAUAUUCACAAAUCCGACUUUGGCUUUACGGAGCCUGGUGAUGUUUUUCAACUGGUUCGUUGUUGCUAUCGGCUUCUAUGGCCUUGGCCUGAAUGUGGCCAAUCUUGGGGGAAGUGUCUACACAAACUUCUACAUUUCAUCCGCGGCUGAGCUGAAAGACCCGACAUCCCGACAAUUCGCGAAGUGUCUACCCCCUCUGAAAGAAAGAGAAGGUGUUCAACUGUGGGUACAUACUGAUGUGAAGAGGGCUAACUUUCCCCAGCCCAAAGUUGUUGUGUCAAACACUCGUGGAUCUGGACAAAACUGA